UACAAUGCUAGGUCGAUCGAUUGAGAACUGAAGAACUGCUGAUUAUUUUGUGUUAUCGUCGCUGUUAUCAUCUGUCCUAAGAAACGUAUCUUUAGUUCUUUAGCAGGCGUUCAAAAGGAUCAAGAAAGCGAAGAAACAAUAUAUAUAACGUUUUCCAUGACUAGAUACUAAACCCCGGAGUUCCGCCCAUUUCCUGACGCUUUUUGAUUGACGGUUUUAUACAAUAGAUUUGACUUGUAGUUGUGUGAAGAUGUUCGUUAGUUGAAUUGAAAAAAAACAAAACAAAACCUGUGAGGUCACCCAAACCGGUUUGGUAGUUUGUGUGCACGCCCAUCCACCAGCCAAUCAGAAAGGAACUUGCGUGAGUCACUUCCUGGUGUCACAUACCUUAUUUGGCGUGAAGGGGCGGUGACCUUGUAGACCGGAAAAGGAAAAUGGUGGCCAGGCGGCUUCAGUAGGCAGAGACGGAUACCAAAGCCUUUAUCUCUGUCUUCAGCAUCACUUCCUGUGUCGUGGCGGCCAGAGAAGAAGCGCAGCCAUGGUAGACGCCGCGCAGCUCAAGAAAAACACGGCCACCAUUUUGGGCUACGUGGAGAAGGUGUCCUCGUUCGCCUCCUCCAUCGACCCCAUCUUCGGCAUCGUCUCCUCCCUGGUGGGCGUGGCUCGCAAGGGCCUCAUGGACGAGGAGGGCCACACGUUGGACAAGGACUUCCAAGCCAUCCACACCAAACUGGAGAGCAUCUCAGAGAAGAACCAACAGUGCCUGAGGCAGAUCCGAAUCGACGAGGUGAACGAGACCUACGGCAAGUACGAGGAGUACAUCAAGCACCAGUAUGUGGCCUUCAACAACAUGGUGGCCCAGAUGAAGAAGGACCCGGGGAACACUCAGAACUACAUGGACAACUUUGAGAAGAUCUACGAGCGAGACAAAAUGGACACGGGCCUGGAUGUGUACUACCGUGGCGUGAUGGGCGCCAGCGCGCUGUUCGGCAGACCCCUGCUCAAGGUCUACCUGGACAACUGCGACAGCGACCUGGAGAUCAUGGAGCACCGCUGCUCGCACAUCGCUCACCUUUUCCACAUGGGCCUCAUCGCCUUGAUGGCCUACACGGCCGUCACCGGGGACGACGAGCAGGAGGUGCGGGACAAGUGGGCCACCAGGGUGCGCGACAUCCAGGAGAAGAUGCAGGAGGUGCUGAGUCAGUGCAAGGCCAAAAGUCCACAUCCAGAAGAAGCUGCUGAACGUGGCCCAGAAGAGAAACCGGAGGACCGCAGGCCUGUGGACCAGUAGAACCAGAGACAGGCCCUCUCAUUGGACCAAUAAAAGAUGUGUUGUGUAACCUGAACCAAAACAUGAUCUUUGUGUUACUGACCUUGCAUGUUUACGUGUUGAACAAAUAAACCUGAGACUGACUGGGCUCCUAUUGGCCAAAAGUUGGAC